AUGAAGCGCAAUGUGCUUACUUACCUGGGUUAUAGAACACUUGUCGAAGAAGACAAAACUCUGGAUAUACUUCAAGGUAUACUGGUCAUGGUUGCUUGGGCACAUAAAUGCCAUAUUGAUAACAGCCAAGCCGUCAACUUGACAUACCUUGGGCUGGGAUAUGCGCAUAGCCUGGGAAUUACACGAGAUACUUCACUGUCUUCUGGUCCUCAUAUCGAUACUGAAGACUCGGGUAUAGCAGUACUGGAUCCAAAAGAAGACGCAGAUUCAAUAGAGAAGAAACGCACUCUCCUUGGCAUAUACUGUGUGUUGUCAAUUCUCUCAACGAGACAAUCACGCACAAAUCCUCUGCAGACACUUUAUAUAAACGGCUGCCUCAAAUCCUUUAGCGAGACCCACGCCUCACCGUCCGAUUCUGUAGCAGAGCACAUGGUCCAUCUGAUUCAGAUGAGCGAGAGACUCUCAGAAGGGUUUGGUGAUCCGUAUGAACGUACACUCUCCAGACCUUUUGCUUUCCUUCUAGAAGGAACUGGUAGACGCUUCCACUCUGAUCUAAGUCGCUUGUCAGAAUCAGUUGCAUAUCCCAAUCUCGCAAGUCACAGCCAGAUAUUCGAGUUACAUCGCUUGUAUCUCCUUGUGCGGUUGUAUGAGCCAGCAAUUAUAGUGGCAUGUCAUCCAGACGAGGGUGUAGCUCAGUUUUAUUAUCUUUUGAUAUGUCUGCGCAAUUGCCUUGAAGCUAUGCAAUCCUUUUUCGAACUUCUUUUAGGGCUGCCUGUUCAAAUGGUUCUGCGUUGUUCAAUGCUUACUGUCGAUCAAGCUCUUUAUGUCAUGUUACAAGCAUCACGACUGCUUCUCAUUGAAACUCCUGAGUGGGAUGUUGAGUCCGCUCGACAGACAUUAGAUUUGAGUGCUGUACUGGGUCAGAUGAUAGCACGUUUUAAGAAAGCGGAAGAUCUACGUAAGAAGGAGAUAAGCAAUUUUGUUGAUGCUAUACGUGAAGAAGAAAGUGGAGGUGGUGUUAGCAGUAUCGCUAUGGUCGCAAAGGAGGUGCAGUGGCUGAAAUACUGGUUCGAAGCCAAGACUCAAGGUCGUCAAAUGGGGGAUGCAUCGUCAGAUGAGUUAAAUGGAGACAUAUCUCACCAUGGAGCAAAGCCGAGAUGGUUUGUAGGCCUCUUGGAGGAAAUGCCAUGGACUACUACAUCUUGA